AUCUACUAACUUUCAGCAAAAAGGUCUCAAGAAUGAAUACAGUCCUUAUUUGAUUAUAGAAUUAUGGUGCAAACAUAUCAGGCACCUAUAAGGAUAUACCAUUAUCCAUUUGAAAUAGUGAUGCAGGCAUAUGAAAAAAGAUUUCCAUCAUGUGAACUUAUACCUGUCUUUGUUGAUAGUGAAAUAUUGGAUGAAUCUUACGAUAAAGAAGGGAAUGUCAAAAUAACAAAAAGACGAUGCAAACUUAAAGUUGAUGCUCCAUAUUUACUAAAAAAGAUAAUUGGCAUGGAAUUUGUUUAUUUUAUCCAAAUCAACCAUUUGGAUUAUAAAUCAAAAAUAUUAAAAAUUGAAGCUUACAAUGAAAGCUUUUCAACACGUGUUACAAUGUCAGAAAUAUGCUAUUAUAAGGUUCACCCACAAAAUGUUAACUGGACUUGCUUUGAACAAGAAGCUACUUUAAAUAUUAUGUCAUUCUUCAAUUUUGAAUCUAUAUUGGAAAAAGUUGUAAUAAAACAAUAUAUAAAUAGCAUUGACAAAGGCAAAGAAAUAUUGAUGCAUUUUAUAAAAUAUAUGGGCCUUGAUAAAAAAGGGUCUCACUAUAAUACAAAUAAAAUAUCAGAUUCAGUAUUAAAUAAUAGUAUAGAAAAUUCUAGCAAACAUAGUCAAGAAAUGUUUCAAUUUGACCAACAUUGCACGAAAGAUCAUCAGGGUUAUAUUUUAUUAACGACUUACCAAAAUGAACGAUUAAAAAAGCUGAAAAAUAUGAUUGCCGAAAAAUACAAUGGAAAGCUGCCGGGUGAUACACAUAUCCUCAGGUUUUUGAGGGCGCGAGACUUUAAUUACGAAAAAGCUUGCGAAAUGUUGCUAAAUUCCCUCAUUUGGAGGAAACAUCAUCGGAUCGACAAAAUCAUGAACAGAUACUUUCUACCUCCCGUGAUUGAGCUCUAUUUUCCUGGGGGAUGGCUGACAGAUCAUCGUGAUAUGCCCCUGUAUUACAUGAAGCUGGGUGUGAUGGAUAUCAAGGGUCUCUACAAUUCACUCGGAAUGGAUGGGAUCAUUAAACACGUGUUGUUCGUGUGUGAACAAGGUUUUGAAUUGUGCCAAAAAAGACAAUUUCCAAAUCUCGCGGACGAUACGGAUGAGAUAGAUUCCACAUACUUAAAUGAUACCGUUUCUUUUUCUGAUUUCGAUUUUAUGUGUCUCAAGACUUCUUAUUCCUCCUCCCUUUCACUCCCAAACAAUUUAGUGGACCACGUAAACAACCGAACUGAAAAAUGUGUGGAAAUUGAAAAUGGCUACGAUAAUUUUCACGAUACCAACCCAUACUUCUAUUCCCCUCACCACGUUGAUUCGUCGUCAUCUUUGGCGUCGUCCUACAUUAAUUAUUCGUGGCAUCUCUUGUUAGAUCUCAGAGGGCUAGGUGUUAAGCAUUUAUGGACGCCGGGACUUAAAGCUCUGCUCAAAAUUCUUGAAAUCGUGGAAGCUAAUUACCCAGAAACCCUAACGUGCCUAUGGAUUCUGGGUGCUCCCAAAAUUCUACCGGUUCUUUGGACCAUGGUGUCACCUCUUAUAGACGAUAAAACGCGGUCCAAAUUUCACUUUAUCAAGCAAUUUCCACCUUUGUCACAAAUAUGCGGCGAUAUUUUUGCGGAUAAUUUGAAUGAAAACGGUGAGAACAAUGAUAAGAAACUUAGCAACGAGUCGCUCGGAAUAGUUAAAAGCAAAAGUUCCGAUGACAACUCCUUAAAAUUUAAUUACAAUACCGCGGGCUAUAACAAUAAAAACGAGUCUAGCAGUUACAACGAAGAUGACUUUUUCAAUUGUUUUUCCUUCUUGAACCAAACCCCGACCCCUGUCACAAAUCAGGUUUCUCAAGCUCAAAGCUCUCCCGUUCAAAUGUCCGAACUUUGUUCAUCUCAUAAGGAUUGUCCUUCCAUAGCUUUUUUGAUUACGGCUAUUAAAAGCAGCAAAACACUCCAACAAAUCAUAGCUGAUAUUAAUCUCAUUGAAAGGACUGUUCCUAAAUCGUACUACCUCACAGAAGACGUAUUAAAUAAUCAAAAAAAUUCUCUCGAUCAAAAUAUUUAUCAUACCUGCAGUUUGUCUAAGGGUACCUAUCAUGAAGUUCUAAUUGAUAUAACUGAUCCUGGGUCUAUUAUAACUUGGGACUUUGAUGUUGCCAAAUACGAUUGCCAAUUCAAAUUUCUCUAUUCCCCGUGCAAUGAUACGAAUGCUAACACAUCUCACAAAAGACUCUCUAUAGGUCACUUGCAAAAUUGUUCGGUUUAUACGGGUAUUCAUUCACUUCUAUCGACUUCCAGUUCAAAUGGUUCUGGGGAAUUCAAAAGCGAUCGAUUGAUCCUUGUGAACGAAAGCAAAAUGUGCCGGGAGGGUGAUAGUGUGCAGGGGUCGCACUAUGUUAAAACACCGGGACUCUACGUAUUACAAUGGCUAUUUAACGACAUCUCAUCAUUUUUAUCGCCUAAAAACACUAAUAGUGCAUUUGAUUUCACCACUCUCUCCACUCCAAAAUGCAAGAUUAUGUAUUUUUACAAAAUUAUCAAAUCCGAGGAUUACAAUGGAUCAAUGUCAAGUUUGCCUUCAGUCACUAGUGGAUUUUAUUCCAUGAAUGAAACAUCUAUGAGCCAACAAAUAUCUCUCGAUAAUUCUAUAGAGGAUAAAUAAUUAUUGAUGAUAUAUUAACAGUGAUUGUUCACGUCAUAUAUAUAAAAAAAUAAUAGUAUAAUUAUUGAAUUACUUAAUUUAUUUUAUUUUAAAUUGUAUUCUUAUUUAUAUCUAAUCAUUUGCCUCUUAAGAUAUGUUAUUUAAUGUGUUUUAUUUUUUCAUUUUUACUUAUAUGUAUUAUUCAAAUCGCCAAUUAUAACUAAUGAUAAGGUAUAUAUAAAAGAGA